AUGCUUAAGAAAGCUGAAUCCGGCACAUGGCUCCCUGCCUACGUCCCGGGAUCAUCUAAUAUGGUGGUAAUUUUGCUUAUGACUUCGUCAAUGACGAUCUCGACUACUUAUGGAGUUUACCGAUCAAUGCUCAAUGGCCUUAAUAUCCUACCCGCAUACGUUGAUUAUUUUGAUCUCAAUGAUACAACAAAAGGCUUGCACACCGCCGCAAUUUUUAUUGGUGGCUGUCUGGCAACGCCCUUCUCAGGCUUGCUGUGCGAUCGCUUCGGUCGCCGCCCUGCUAUCCUCUGGGGCAGUCUCAUUGCAAUUGCCUUUAUGGCAGUUCAGACUGCAGCUCAAAAUGUCGCUAUGUUUAUUGUAGCACGAGUGUUAAUUGGGUUUGGAACCGCAAUCGCCAAUAUUGCCAGCGGAACGUACCUGUCUGAGACGUUUCCAAAUAAGUGGCGAUUAUGGGGCGUUAGUAUGCUUAACAACUUUUACUACGUCGGUGCUUUGAUCAUUGCAGUCAUUACUCUUAGUACGAGCUCCUGGGAAUCGUCGUGGGCCUGGAGGCUUCCUUCCGUUGCCCAAGGCAUGUUCUCUGUAUUCAGCAUCGCAUUUCUGCCAUUCAUUCCUGAAUCCCCCCGUUGGUUGGCUUAUCGUGGCCAUCAUGAAGCAGCACGGCUUGCAGUUGCUCUGGUUGGCUUUAACGGUAACGUCGAAGAUCCGGCAUCAAAUAUUCUAUACGAGCAGAUCGUCAAGGGUAUUGAGUUAGAGCGCUCUCAGAAGCUCAAUGUGACAAUAUGGGGCAUUAUCAAGGAUCCUGUCGCAAGAAGACGGCUCCUGAUUGGCUCAUCAACGGGAAUAUUUGCUUCAACAGCUGGAAACGUUAUCGCGACAUUCUAUCUUGGCGCCGAGCUCAAGACUGCGGGCAUCACAAAUAUAAAAUCUCAAUUGAAGGCGAACAUUGUCCUAAAUGCAUGGUGCCUUCCUUGCGCACUUGCAGGGACACAAUUCAUAUCCCGCUGGGGACGAAAGUCGACUGCAAUCAUUACUGAAAUACUUUUGAUUGGCUGUCUUUUGACCAUUGGCCUUCUCACGAAAAAGUAUGCCGAAUAUCCGGACCACGCCUCAAAGGCUUUGGUCUAUGGCAACGUGGCCGUAAUGUUCCUCUUUCAAGGCAUCUAUUCCAUUGCAUGGACGCCCUUGUUUAGCCUCUAUCCGCCAGAGAUUGCGAAUUUCUUGAUUCGUGCUCACACUGUAGCCAUUACACAACUUGGACAAAAUCUUUGUGGCACCAUAUUGGUGCUAGUUACACCCAUUGCUCUCCAAACCAUUGGCUGGAGGAUGUAUGUCAUCAACGCGUCCUGGGAUGUUGGGAUUGCGGUGCUGAUUUGGUGCUUUUGGGUUGAAAUCAAAGGAAAAUCUUUGGAAGAGAUUGAUAAAAUAUUCGAUGCUGAAAGGGAAAGAGAUACUGUGGCAAACUCUACCGCUUUUGAGAAGCCAACUCUCCUUAGUGGAGUGCGGCAAGUUUUGCCGACGUGA